AUUCAGGUUGAGAGUUUACAAAGUCGCAAGGCUCACGUUUAAAUUGACCUCAAAAUUUUCAAGUGACAUUUAAGGAUUUUUUUAUGUUUCCAAGAUUCUAUUUCGUAGAUAUUAUUACGUCUCUUAGAAUAAUUAACCAUUUGUGCUUAUCAAUUUUAGAAGCAACGAGAAUUUAAACACUACGUUUGUUAUCCAAGCUGUUAUCAUCUUGGGUUAUCAUUAUCACUCCUAUUGUGCCCCCCUCAGUGCUCCUCUGAUUUUCGUUUAACUUAGUCGUUUCUGGUUUUAGACAUUCAUAUAUAUAAAAUGGCAGCAACACCUGAAUUUCCAAGCUUGGAUAAACUUAUUACGAGUACAUUAUCCGGAAAUGAGCUGAACGAAUAUAAUAGGAUACAUUAUGGACGAACAAACCAUCAUCAACUUUCUAACACUAAAGAAAGUUCUGAUCUAGCAGAAAAGCAUAAAUUUGAUAUUGCUUUAUAUGACUUUCCAGCAAACAAAGAAGAGACUAGAAGUCCACGUAUUGUGAGAAUUGGUGCAAUUCAACAUUCUAUUACAAAUGCAACAGACAAUCCUAUUGCUGAACAAAGACAAGGUAUUUUCAAUAAAAUACGUAAUUUAAUUGAAGCCGCUGCUAAUGAAAAUGUUAAUAUUUUAUGCUUACAAGAAGCUUGGAGUAUGCCCUUUGCAUUUUGCACAAGAGAAAAAUAUCCUUGGUGUGAGUUUGCAGAAUCAGCCCUGGAAGGGCCAAGCACAUUAUUUCUUAAAGAACUGGCUGCUAAAUUUGGUAUGGUUAUUAUAUCACCAAUAUUGGAAAGAGAUGAAGCCCAUGGUGACACUAUUUGGAAUACAGCUGUUGUAAUAAAUGAAACAGGUAAAGUUAUUGGAAAGCACAGAAAAAACCACAUACCACGAGUUGGAGAUUUUAAUGAGUCAACAUAUUAUUUUGAAGGAAAUACAGGUCAUCCAGUUUUUGAAACUAAUUUUGGUAAAAUUGCUAUAAAUAUUUGUUAUGGACGCCACCACCCAUUGAAUUGGCUCAUGUUUGGUAUCAAUGGAGCAGAGAUCGUGUUCAACCCGUCUGCUACUGUAUCAGGUUUGAGUGAGCACUUGUGGCCAGUUGAAGCUAGGAAUGCUGCAAUUGCUAAUAGCUAUUAUACAUGUGCAAUAAAUAGAGUGGGGACUGAGAAAUUUCCUAAUGAAUUCACAUCAGGAGAUGGAAAACCAGCUCAUAAAGAGUUUGGUCAUUUUUAUGGUUCAAGUUACAUUACUGCACCAGAUGGUGUAAGAACACCAGGGCUAUCAAGAGUGAGAGAUGGUUUAUUAAUAAGCCAAAUUGAUUUAAAUAUGUGCCGUCAAAUUAGGGAUAAAUGGGGAUUCACCAUGACUCAGAGAUUAAAUUUAUAUGCAGAAAGUCUCAAUGAUGCUGUAAAACAUGAUUAUAAACAACAAAUUAUACGUAAUAACUGAUAUUUGUUAUUAACAUCAUAUCUUUGUGAUAUUUAUGUUUUUCUUGAUAAUAGAAAUUGUAGAUAAUAUUUAUAAGCAUAAUAAAAAGAUAUGGAGCACA